AUGGCAGAUGAAUUCUCAUUCACAGAUAGUGAGGACGAAAGAGCUGUAGAAGUUAUUCUCUUUCAAGCACUGGACCACUCCGUUCUCAAACAAAUUGCCGCCAUCAACUCCUCUUCUUUCUCCUCCAAAGAUAACCUCCCUUUUGACCUCAGAAACCGUUUUCGUAACCUCAAAUCCCUUCCAACCGCCACCGCCGCCGGUGCUCGCUUUCCACCUUCUAAAUCCAAAUCCUUCACACCUCGAUCCGGCACCGACUCCGUUGAUUUUGAUUUGGAUCUGAAAAACUGUUCCUAUAAACCGUCUCCGUUCACCGGCGAUCCUAAACAACGUUCCGAAGAAUAUUCAGAUGAGAAAAAGGCUCAAAUUCGAGAUCAAAACUGA